UGGGAAGCUCGUUGUGGUUGGAUAUGCUGAUCGUACCAUUUUUUUUGCAGUCGAAAGCUUCCGCUGCCUCCUUCAAGACCUCUUCUCGACGCUGUCCAUCCUCUUCGUUGAAAACAUGUCGUGCGUCAUCUCCAGUGUGGUCGUGUUUGGUGUGUUGGCCAAGCUGUUUGGCUCGAGCAACGGAACCGACGACUCGAAGAAGCAAGGAGCGUAUGGCUCCAUCCCAAUCCACAAAGAAAGCAAGCUGGCGCAGCUGUCGCAUCCGUGGGAAGUGAUCGCGGCGGUCAAGAUGCUGGUCAAGGAAAAGCUGGUCGGGCCCAAACAGUUGCCCACCAACUUGAACGCUGACGACGCGUGGUGCUUCAAGAUGGUCAAGAAAGUCAGCCGCAGUUUCACCCUGGUGAUCGUGAACCUCCCCGAGGAACUUCGCUUGUCCAUUUGCGUGUUCUACUUGGCGCUGCGCGCGCUGGACACGGUCGAAGACGACAUGAAGCGCAUCGACAACGCGACCAAGAUCAAAAUGCUGCAUGAGUUCUACUUGCAACUGUACGACACGAAGCUAUCGAUCCAUGGCAUCGGCGAAGGCGACGAGGCCACCGUGUUAGAGCAAAUCGCGUUCAUGAACCGGUCGUUCGCGUCGCUGCCGACGUCCCACCAAGAGAUCAUUGCCGACAUCACCAAAAAGAUGGGUGCCGGCAUGGCCGAGUUCGUCGAGGUGGACAUGGGCCAAGGCACCGUGCGCACCGCCGACUACGACAAGUACUGCUACUACGUCGCGGGACUAGUCGGCGAAGGGCUGAGCCGGCUGUUUUCGGCCAGCGGGCUGGAGGCGCCGUCGGUGGGCUCGCUCACCAUGCUAAGCAACUCGAUGGGGUUGUUCCUUCAAAAGGUCAACAUCAUCCGCGACUACUUGGAGGACUUUGUCGAAGGGCGGACGUUCUGGCCCCAGGAGAUUUGGAAGAAACACAUGGGCAACCUCGGUGACAUGCGCGACGUGAGCAAGCAACCGGCGAGCCUCGCCUGCUUGAACGAAAUGGUGUUUGACGCGCUGCGCCACAUCCCCGACUGCAUGACGUACCUCUCGGGCAUCCACCACCCGGACGUGUUCUUCUUUUGCGCGAUGCCGCAGGUGAUGGCGGUCGCCACGCUCGCCAAGCUGUACAACAACCCGCUCGUGUUUACUGGCGUCGUCAAGGUGCGCAAAGGCACGGCCGCGUUUCUCUUGGAGCAUGCCGUGUCCAUGCCCAAGGUCCGCGGUAUGUUCAGCAACUACGUCCAGGACAUCCAGGCCAACGGCACCCACACGCCGGCACGCCAGGCGGUUCUAGACAUGGCCCUGCAAGCGAUUCACAAUGAUGUGCUGGAGAUGCCAAACUUGAGCGGCGUCGCCAUCGCCGCCUUCGUGGCGCUUGUGGGGUCCUUAGGGUACCUUGUCACAGCCAACGGGUUCGUGCUGCCGCCCCUCACCGCCUCGUUCGACGUGGUUGUGGUCGCCGUGGUGUUUGCCAGCGUCGCGCUUUUGCUCUCGUUCGGACUGUCGCCGUUUGUCCAGUUGGAGCAGCAACACGCGACGAAGAAGACCGAGUAAGUGCAUACUGUACACAUACAGCGUGGAGGGGGAUGUACUAGUUAGUACAUUGUACAUAUAGCCAUAAGACAAGGAAAUGCUGCUUUGUGUGUUUUUAGUAUGGGGGAGGUUAACUAUGAACUAAGCUUACUACUGGAAGGACUACAUUGUAGUAGAAAUCAAGUUUAGCAUUGGUCACUCCUAAGUUGGACAGAUAGGAUGAUGAAGGUCCAUCAAGUCCUCGUCGAGAAACGUGCCGCCAUUCGACGUCCGGCAAAACUGCUCUUCCAACGACCGCAAGCGCGUAUUUGUCACCUAUGUCAAUAUAUAUAAAUUGAUGUCAUUCGGGAA